AGGGCGGUGUGUACAGUCAGCUUACAGGAAGUGUUAGCAUUAGCACUUCCACUCACAGAUAGCCUAGGUACAUAAAGUUCCACAUUUACAGCGGAUACAAAUGAAGAUGUGAAAAGAGUUCCAGAGGGGACACACACACACUUGUGCUGCUGCACUUCAUAAGACGGAAUAAAACAUCAGACUCUAAAAGCUAAUCCGUGUCCUGAAGCUCCUCUGAGCCUGAGCUGACGCUAGCAGGGUCUCGGCUGUGAGCGCGCGCUCCUCCGUGCUGUGAUGGCUGAGGUCAUUCUGGCGGAUCUGGUUCACGCGGACUGUCCUCGGUACACGCGCUGUCUGCAGGAGCGCGUGACCAACUUACUCAACUCCCUUGGAAACGGCACAAGCGAGCCCGUUUACGUCAUUCUCCGACAGCACGCGGGCUGCUCCGAGCAAAUCACCGAGACCUGUCUUUCAGAGAACCGUGCUGGUCUGAACAGACGCGUCCGUGUGCUGACCGACAGCAGCCCCGUAGGCGCGCUGUACGCGUUCAAGCGAGCCGUGGACGAGCUGAACGUAAGACACGUGCACGUGAUGACGUGUAGCACGCGGCGCGCGGAGCUGCAGGAGUGCGAGAAGCAGCUCUUCACCGAGCUCUACACCUUCACCUACAGCACCGUGCUGGACUGCACAUCCUGCCCACUUGCACAGCUCAAACCCACCUGCCCCCGGCUCACCCAAAUUAAAGAGCAAAUCAGCGGAUUCCUACAGCGCCUCCCAGCGCUCCGAGGAGAAAUUGCUGUCCUCAAGUCUUCACUCAUCUCAGAUUGCUUUGCACACGGCUUCACCACAAGAACAGGUGGAAUUUCCUACAUCAGCACCCUGAGCUCUCUAAACCUGUUCAGCAGUUCUCGUCGCAGAGACUCGCGCGCCAUAGUGGCCGAGAACAUACGUCGCCUUGGCUUGCAUGCUGGCUUUCAGCCUCACCAGUUCCAUCUCCUCAAGGUUAACCAUGCCAGCGAUGUGUGGGUAAUGAAUAAGCCAGAACCUGAGAACUAUGAUGGCAUUGUGACUAAUCAGCCAGGUGUUGUAAUAGCAGCCCCAGGAGCUGACUGUAUGCCUCUACUUUUUGCUGACCCUGUGCGAAAGGUCAUUGGAGUCGCACAUGCAGGCUGGAAGGGAACCCUCAUGGGAGUUGCCAUGGCAACAGUAAAUGCCAUGGUGCGGGAGUUUGGCAGUGAGAUCGCUAAUGUGGUGGCUGUGAUUGGGCCUUCUGUUGGACCCUGCUGUUUUACUCUGGAACAAAAUUCAGCAAGAAAGUUCCAGACCAUUCAUCCAGACUGUGUCCGAGACAUGGAGUCACCCAUGCCUUAUGUGGAUAUCAGACUUGCCACUAGGGUCCUCCUGGAGAAAGGCGGUCUCCUCCCAGAGCACAUCCAGGAUAACACAGUGACAAACAGACCCAACGUCACCCUCUGUACUUCCUGCCAUCCUGACUCCUUCUUCUCCCAUGUUCGAGAUGGCCUCAACUUUGGCACUCAGAUUGGCUUCCUAUGGAUCAAGGAGCCACAUGAGUUUAAACAAUCAGAUCCUUAGAAUCAGUGCCUGUACUGUGCACAACGUGAGCAUCUCAUUUGGCUGCAGAAGCAAAAAGCACAGAUAUUCAUAGUUCUUUGAUUUCAGUAAGAUGUGUACAUUUAGAGAUAGAUUGAAGUUAGACAUAUUGUUGACAUACCACUUACCUCAGCUCAUGCUUUCUGAAGACUAAGCCCCAGUGACAGCCUUUUUAAAGAAAUACUUCAGUUUGCAUUCCAAAUGUCAGAGGGUAUUGAUAGUCAGAGGAAAUUAUGCAAUUAUUUUUGUUUUGAUGAAAUGCAUGCUUGUAGCUCACUUGGUAGAACUAUUUAAAUCCAUAUUGCUGUUUGAAAUAAUUAUUGCAAACAUUUGUUAACACCACCUCUUGGCAUUCUCCCUGUAGAGGUCCACUGCCUAUAUCACACUGAUAAUUCUCUCGGGACCUGCAAUGUUAAUUUCCUUUGGUAGGCUAUUUCCAGUAGCUGACCUAUAUAAGGCAGAUCAGUUUCUACAAGUAGAUAGUGAAGGCGAGUCACUGUAAGGAAACUAGCUGAUAGUAAAUAUUCUUAAAUUAUUGGCAAAAUAUCACUUUCAUUAAGUUUAAAAAAUGGAAGAAACAUAUAUGGGGUGGCAAUGGUGGUGCAGCAUUGUAGCCUCACAACUCCAGGGUCCCCAGUUUGGCUUGCUUACUUACUUGCUUUACUUACUUGCUUACUUACUGUCUGUAUGGAUUUUUGCAUGUUCUCCCUGUGCCCAUGUGGGUUUCACCUGAGUUAUCCAGUUUCCUUCCAUCUCCCAAAAACAUGCCAGUAGGUGGACUGCCAUCUCUAAAUUUCCCCAAGGUGUGAAUGCGUCUGCAUGGUGUCCUGUAAUGUACUGGAGGGUGGCACAGUGGUAUAGUGGUUAGCACUGUUGCCUCACAGCAAGAAGGUCCUGGGUUCGAGCCCAGUGGCUGAUGGGGGCCUUUCUGUGUGGAGUUUGCAUGUUCUCCCCAUGUCUGCGUGGGUUUCCUCUGGGUGCUCCAGUUUCCCCCACAGUCCAAAGACAUACAGUUAGGUUAACUGGCUACUCUAAAUUGUCCCUAGGUGUGAAUGUGUGUAUGAAUGGUUGAGAGGAGAAAACCUCUAUAGUAAUCAGGUAGAAGGCAACAGGAAACCACUACUGUAAUGUUCCCUAGAAACUCUGAUAGACGUCAGAGCCGGACCUGCCAUCAGGCAGAACACUAAAGAAGAAUGCACUGGAAUCCCAUCUAUGGUGUAUCCCACAAAUUCACAGUGACCCUAAUUAGGAUAAAGCAGCUACUGAAUGAAUGAAUGAAUGAAAUAUGUGUCAGUACUAUUAAAGGAAAAAGUGCCACAAAACAAUAAAUGUAAAAUCAUUUUUGAUUAA